GAUUAACCCCUGCUGGGUGGGGCGGUUUGGCAAAGAGUUUGCAUUCAUUCUGUCAAUUGUGUUACAGCCGCCCUUUUCUUUCUGGUACAAGAAACCUCAUCUAAGAACGUAGACGAAUUUUGCAGGUUCAGAAACUCGCAAUGUCUCGAAACUUUUCCGACACAGGCAACAAGAAGGAACAUGUUAAAAUCACAAGUGAGCGGAAGCCGGGGUUUCUGGAACGCCUCAGUGAGACGUCUGGGGGGAUGCUCAUUGGGCUUGCCACUUUUGCAAUGUCUUUCUACAUUCUGUUUACCAAUGAGGGCCGAGCUUUGAAGACAGCCACCUCUCUGAAUGAGGGGCUUUCCCUGGUGGUCCCCCUUGACAACAUCCAAAGUGUAUUACAAGAGAAUGACCACAAACUUGUGCACCUGUCAGGCCCCCUUAGAACUUCAAAGCCUUUGUAUGAUCCCAGCUAUGGGCUUUCCAUCCGGGCUGUCAAGCUUAAACGUCAUGUGGAAAUGUAUCAGUGGGUAGAAUAUGAAGAAUCCAAGGAUUAUGAAGAGAAUGGCGAGCUUAAGAAAGAAACAAGAUACUCGUAUAAUACUGAAUGGAAAUCAGAAGUUGUGAACAGCAGAAACUUUGAUCGAGAAAUUGCCCAUAAAAACCCCAGUGCCAUGGCUGUUGAAUCUUUCACUGCAGUUGCUCCUGACGUCCAAGUGGGCAAUUUUUUUCUUUCCAAAGGCCUCAUUGAGAAGAUCGAUAACUUCAAACAGAUGAGCUUGUCAAAACUGGAAGAUCCACAUGCUGAUGUGAUCCGCUCAGGGGAUUACUUCUUUCACAGUGAGAAUCCUCGACGUCCAGAAGUUGGAGACCUUCGUGUUUCCUUCUUUUAUUCUGGUUUGAGUGGAGACUCAUCCCAUUUGGGUCCAGCAGAUACGGUGACAGUAAUUGCUCGGCAACGAGGGGACCACUUGGUUUCAUACAAAACCAAAUCUGGUGAUGUUCUGGAGAUUCUUUAUCCUGAUGAGCUCUCUGCUGAGGAGGUGUUCCAGAAGGAGCAUGCGAGUAACAGCAUGAAGACUUGGGGUCUCCGUGGGGCUGGCUGGCUGGCUAUGUUUGUAGGCAUCAACCUUAUGAUGAGAAUUUUUUACACCCUGGUGGAUUGGUUUCCAGUAGUCCGGGAGCUGGUAAACAUUGGCCUGAAAGCAUUUGCCUUCUGCUUGGCCACGUCUUUAUCCCUGCUAACUAUUUCCGUAGGGUGGUUCUUCUACCGGCCACUCUGGGCAAUACUGAUUGGGUUGCUGGCGGCAGUUCCCAUUGUGAUUGCGAGGUCCCGGGUUCCGCCCAAGAAGCAGCAGUAACAGGGUGAGGAAUGUGCCUCUGUUUGCAACCAUUACACAUCCAGAGCAUCUAUCCUGUUUGAAGCCAUUAUCAGUGUCCACUCUGUGUGUUUGAAACAAAACUUGACAAUGCCAUACAGACAAUACCAAAGAUUUUAUAGUGGACCUAGAUGCAUAAAUAUUUGUACAGUUUUUUAUUGUGUAAUCAACUGAAAAGAGCUUGUUUUUAUACCAAGCUGCUGAAACUUGAGAUAUGGCCGUUUUUGAGCACAUAACUGCUACAUUUAAGUGGCAGUAUCGUUAAAAGUAUCUGCCAGUCCUCAUAAGAGGACAGGUGGAGUGUAGCCUUGAUGGGGACUAGGAGAGGUUUCAAAACAGUGUGUGUGUGUGUUAAGUUUUUAUAUUAAUUUGGAUUUGUGUGCCUUUUUCCUCUUGUCUCUUCUAAAAAUAUAUAUAUCCAACCCUGCAUUUUAUUUUGUUUCUCGCUACUUUGGUCAUAGUCCUUUUUAUUUCUGUCUUGCUUGUGCAUUUAAGUUACCCUCAAUUUAAAACUUUCAGCAUUGUGAAGAUUAUUGCUGUUGCCUUGUCAAGGUGCUUAAUGACUCUGGUGUGUUUCUUUACUGUUACCACUGAGCUGAAAUGUGUAUGCAGAUUCUAAGCAAAUAUGAGUUUUGUCCAUUUACAGUGCCUGGGGGGUGGAAUGAUUGUAGAUGCUAAUUUCGAUUUUGUUUCUGUAAUCGUCAUCUUAAUGCCUGGUGAAGAAAUUAAGACUUCUCAGACUAUUACUUUAUAAUGGAUGUACAUAAGCAGCAGUAAGAGAAACUGGACUCUGUCAGCUCUACAGGUCUGCAAUAAGCUGAAAUGCUCUCUUAGCAGGAGGGCACGUAAAUCAUUAUUAACUGCAAUAAAUUAAAAGAGAUGUUUCUGUGUGGAUGCAGCUACUGUCCUGUACAUCCAUCACUAUCCUGAGGAACUAAUGGCAGCAUACAUAACUCUUCCCCUCCUUCCAUUUGAUCUUCAGAGGAACCCUAUGAGAUUAAGCUGAGGGUUUAGACUAAAGUCCAGUAGCAUCUUAGAGACCAACAAGAGUUUCAUGGUAUAAGCUUUCAAGAGUCAGAGCUCCCUUUGUCAGAUAUGAGUAGAGUGUGCGACUUGCCCAUGGUCACCUUAUGAGCUUCAUGGCAGAGUAAGGAUUUGAACCUGGAUCAUCCUCGUCCCAACAGUUUAAUCCCUAUUCCAUACUUUAAAAAAAAAUGCUUUCAUCCACUGUAUUCAAAAAGGUAAGCUAGGCUAAUUUUAAAGUUAAUGUAAAAUAUGUUGUUCUCAUAUCCUUGCAGCUAUGAUAGAUUAUAUCUAAACCCCUACAACUGGGCCAGCCUCGGCUACAAUUUAAGGUUCUGUGAGUUCAACUGAAUGUGACUUUUCAUGCUUAAAGUGAAAAAUGUCCCUUCUCAAUAUUUUUCAGUAGUAACUUUUGAAACUCCUGUUUUCUAUUAAUGGAAGCACCAA